GAAAAUUGCGCGAGAACGACGCAUGCUCUAGCCGGCUGCGGCGAACCGUUGUGCAUCUCACCGCGCAACGUCCGCAUUGGCGCGCUUGUGGUGAUCACGUACAUCGGAGCGUCGGAUCAUGAAAAGUAUGACCUCCAGCCUCGGCCGCGCGAAUAUAUCUUCACAGCACGGACUUAAUUUUGCAGAAGCUGGGGCCAGCCUGGAUUUCAUCGACGUAGUCACGACGCGCAUUGAGCGCACAUAAUUGUAUCGCAAGCCACCCUGGUUUAGCAGCACAUCUCAACUAUGGCUGAAAAGCAAGAGAAGGGCCUCAUGAGUCGGGCGCGAGGAGCGUCAGUCUCGUUCUUAAAUGCCACACCCCAGCUGGGCAUGUGGCAGGCCACAGGAACAGCAAUCGCCCAAGCACCCAAUUUGACGGAACUUCGCGAUCCAGAAUCGGGCGGCGCGAACAUCGAGUUCAACGAGCAUGGACACUCGAUCCGAGUUGCGAAGCCAGACGACGAUGGAGAGCUCACGCUCGUCAAGUCCCGAACGAAGACACUCAGCAGCCCGAUCGAAGAAGCCACCACGCCGGAAGAGACAGACAUCAAUACGGGAGCAAAAAAGCACAGACAUCACGGCCUCCACCGCCGUCGAACAUUGAAAGAGAAACACGCCUCUCACCACAAAGAAUCCUGGGGCCCGACCAUUAAGCACGGGCUAAAAGCAUUCUGGGUCUUCUUCCUGACCCCUUCAGGCUUCCUGAUCACAAUCUACGGCCUGAACGUCGUCGCCUGGGGCGCAAUGCUCUUCUUCCUGCUCCUCAAAGCCGCGCCCGCCAUGUGCCACCCGUCCUGCGACGACGACUACAGCAAGCGGAAGAUCUGGCUGGAGAUCGACUCGCAGAUCCUCAACGCGCUGUUCUGCGUGACCGGCUUCGGCCUUGCGCCCUGGCGCUUCCGCGACUUCUACUGGAUGAUACGCUCCGUGCACUGGCACGACCAGGACGCGAUGCGCCGCCUGUACGACCAGAAUAAGGCGUGGUUCCGGCCGCCCGCGUGGUUUGAGGAGCGCGAGUUGGUGGCCGGCGGCGAGGAGAAACAUACGUUCACAGGAGAGAGGGCGCCGCCGACGAGUAUGUGGAAGUUGGCAUUUACGGUGGAUAUGAUGGUCUUGAAUACACUGCUGCAGGCGGUGCUGUGCUUCUUCAUGUGGCAUUAUAAUAGGCUUAAUAGGCCGACGUGGGCCACUGGUACGUUCAUUGCGCUUGGCUGUGGCGUUGCCAUGUUCGCGGGCAUCAUGUCUUGGUGGGAGGGCAGGAAGGUGAAGAAGAUCGAGGGCCCGGAGAUCAAGGUUGAGACGCCGGGGAAGGAGGAGGUAUGAAAACAGACAAACGAUAGUCCAGGGUAAUGACAAUGAUAAUGACGAUACACC